UUACCAACUCUCGGAUCAGGCCAUCUCAUGACUGAAUCAGCGUCGAAGUUACUAUGUAACUUAUAGAGAGUCCAAGGUCCAACAUUAUACGAUCAUUUUCCACUUAUUUUGCUGCAACUAGUGUGAGAGGAUGUCUCUGUUCGAAAGAAAUAUUUACAAGACGUCUGUGUUUUUUAUGGUGAUAUGCCUAUGUGGGAUAGCAACAUCUUAUAAUGAGGCGGAGGAGGAGGGUCAGUGUAUUUGGUAUGGGGAAUGUGAAAAUACGCCCUCAGGCAAAAUUAACUGUCAAUAUAAUGGACCCCCAAAGGUGAUGGAAGAUCCGGUCGGUAUGGAUAUUCUCCGGACUUACUGUCCAGAUCUCGUCACAGGUAACCAGACCAAGACAUGCUGUGAUGUGAAUCAGCUCCACACCUUGCAGUCCAACAUGGGGCUUCCCCAGCAGUUCUUUCUCCGAUGCCCAUCCUGCUACAACAACUUCCUCAACUUGUACUGCUACCUGACUUGUGGGCCCCACCAAAGCAGAUUUCUGCAGUCAAAUGGAACAGAAGUUACACCAGCCAACAAAACAGCUGUCAAAGCAGUAAACUACUAUCUAACAAACGAAUAUGCCAACGGAAUGUUCAACUCGUGCAAAGAUGUUCAAAUGCCGUCAGCCAAUGAGAAAGCUUUAAGUGUCUUCUGUGGGCGGCCUGCAGACCAAUGUUCAGCAGAACUCUGGCUCAGCUACAUGGGAUCGACAGCUAAUGGCCACACCCCUUUCACUAUCAAUUUUGCAAUUGGAGAUAAAAAUGUGACACAAGGUAAUACCACAUACGUUCCAAUGAACUACACCAUCACUGGCUGUAACCAGUCAUAUAAGAACCGGUCGGUGUGCAGUUGUCAGGACUGUGAGGCAAGCUGUGCCCCUGUGCCACCCAUCCCCCCAAAGCCAGAACCCUGCAAAAUCCUCCACAUUGAUUGCUACUACUUUGCAUUUGCCAUUGUUUGUCUGGUUUUCAAUCUAUUCUUCUUCAUAUAUGUCAUUUGCUAUAAUAUAUUGGUUCGAAACUCUUUGGAUGUUAUGGAUUCGCAGUAUUCUCGACUUGAGGAUGAGGAUGGAGAUUACAGUGGAGUCUUCUGUGUGAACGGUGACGGCAAGAAGAGACCCAGACCUGGAGCCCAGAGGAUCAAUGCCCCCAAAGUCUCCCACGCAGAUAUCAGCUGCCUGGAGAAAACUGGAUCAUGGAUGGAGACACUUUUGGAGUCGUUCUUCCACGCCUGGGGAACAUUUUGUGCCCGACAUCCCAUUCUAGUGAUGGUGGUCGGUCUGGCAGUAGCUGGUGCCCUGUCUGCGGGAAUCUCCGUGUUCCAGGUGACCACUGACCCCGUGAAGUUGUGGUCGGCCAAAGACAGUCAGGCACGCACAGAGCGGGACUACUUUGAUUCUCAUUUUGGGCCAUUCUACAGAACAGAGCAGCUAAUUAUUACUCGACCCAACAACCACACAAAUGUUGUACACAAAAACCCGCCCCCCUCCGUGGACACUGUCAAUUAUACCAGCAUAUUUGAUAAGGAGUUUCUACAUAUGGUACUGGACCUUCAGCUGGCCAUUCAGAAUCUGACCGCUGAGUACAAUGGGGAGACAGUCACCCUGGAGGACAUCUGUUUCCAGCCCCUGGCCCCCGACAACACCAAGUGUACCAUCCAGAGCAUCCUCCAGUACUAUCAGAACAACCACACCAACAUCGACAAGGUCGUGAUGGACAGCUACGGAUUCUUCGUCGUAGCCGACUACAUAGAUCAUCUCCGUUACUGUUUGCAGGCACCUGCAUCAACACAGGACACAGUAGGUCUGAACAUGAGCUGUCUGGCAGAGAGUGGUCAGCCAAUAUUUCCCUGGAUCUCACUGGGAGGAUACAAAGGAAAUGACUACAAGUCUUCUGAAGCCUUGGUGAUAACUUUUGUUGUGAAUAAUCACUUGGCCGAAGAAAAGAACAAGAAGGCAGAGGCAUGGGAAAAAGUGUUUAUUGAGAAGAUGAGGUCUUUCUCCAGUCCCAACAUGACUGUGUCCUUCUCCUCUGAGCGCUCCAUUGAGGACGAGAUUAACAGGGAGAGUGACUCGGACGUUCUGACCAUACUCGCCUCCUACCUCAUCAUGUUUGGUUAUAUCGCACUCACGCUCGGACAGUACGGCGAUUGUGUCGACUGCUCUCUGCCCAAAAUGCUGGUGGAUGCUAAGAUCACCCUGGGUCUGGCCGGUGUGUUGAUUGUACUGCUGUCCGUCUCCUCGUCCCUGGGUCUCUUCAGCUACUGUGGAAUAGCGGCCACUCUCAUCAUCAUUGAGGUCGUACCGUUCCUGGUGCUGGCUGUUGGUGUGGACAACAUCUUUAUAUUGGUGCAAACAUUUCAGAGAGACAAGCAGAGGCCUGGAGAAACUACGGAGGAGCAGAUCGGUAGAAUUCUGGGGCAGGUCGGGCCGAGCAUGAUGCUGUCCAGCUUCUCGGAAUCCAUCGCGUUCUUCUUAGGAGCUUUGACAAAUAUGCCUGCUGUGAGGGUGUUCUCCCUUUACGCUGCAAUGGCCGUCCUCUUUGAUUUCCUACUUCAGAUUACAGUUUUCAUUGCACUUAUGACACUUGAUGCCAAGAGGCAAAAGGGUAACAGACUUGACAUGUGUUGCUUCGUCAAAAUGGGGAACCAGAAAUCUGGGGACAAAGACAGUGAGGGAUUCCUGUAUAAGUUGGUCAAGGACUACUACUCUCACCUCCUGCUGAAGGAGUGGGUGCGACCGAUAGUGAUGUCAAUUUUUGUGACCUACUUUUGCAUUAGUGGAGCAGUCAUUCACAAUGUAGGAAUUGGUCUGGAUCAGAAACUUUCCAUGCCUGAUGAUUCCUAUGUUUUGGAUUAUUUCAAAAACCUGAGUGCUUAUCUCCACACUGGAGCCCCCGUUUAUUUUGUGGUUGAACAAGGACAGGAUUACAAGUCAGUGGAAGGCCAGAACUCCAUCUGUGGAGGGAAUGGCUGUCCACAGAACUCCCUGGUCGGACAGAUCUACACAGCGUCUCUACAGUCCAAUUACUCUAGGAUAGCCCAGCCUACAUCGUCCUGGCUAGAUGACUACCUGAGUUGGCUGUCCCCAGGUGGAGACCCCCCAUGCUGUAGGGAGACCAAGUCCUCCCACCAGUUCUGUCCCUCAACAGACAACUCUUCUGUAUGUAUUGGGUGUCCAAUGGGAAAAUCAAUUCAUGGGAGGCCGAAUGAAAAAGAUUUCAUGAAAUAUCUUCCAUGGUUCUUGAAGGACAACCCGGGGCUCAAAUGUGCUAAAGGAGGACAUGCUGCCUAUGGAAGUGGAGUUAAUCUCAUCAACAACAAAACAGAUGUCGGAGCAACCUAUUUCAUGACAUAUCACACCAUUAUGACUGAAAAUGAGGAUUACAUUGAGGGCCUGAAGAUGGCCAGAAAAAUAGGAGACAACAUCACAAACACCCUUAGAACAAUGCUCCAUAACGACAAUAUCAAAGUGUUCCCAUACAGUGUGUGGUACGUGUUCUAUGAGCAGUACCUGUCCAUUGUGAAAGACACCAUCCAGAACCUGUGUAUCUGCAUUGCCGCCAUCUUCCUGGUGACCUUCCUACUGCUGGGCUUCGACUUCUUCUCAGCCAUCAUGGUGGUCAUCACGAUCGGCAUGAUACUGGUGGACAUCCUGGGUCUCAUGUACUUCUGGGACAUCACCCUCAAUGCUGUGUCCCUCGUCAACCUGGUCAUGGCUAUUGGCAUAUCAGUGGAGUUCUGUGCUCACAUCAUUCGAGCGUUUGCAGUCAGUUUACAGCCCACUCGAGUUGAGCGAGCUCGGGAAUCCUUGGCACACAUGGGUAGCUCUGUUCUGAGUGGCAUUACACUGACCAAGCUGGGAGGAAUAAUUGUGCUGGCUUUCUCCAAAUCGCAGCUGUUUCAGGUCUUCUAUUUCCGGAUGUACUUGGCCAUGGUUGUAUAUGGAGCCUCACAUGGAUUAAUUUUCCUGCCAGUUUUACUUAGUUAUAUAGGUCCACCACUUAACAAAGCCAAAUUAUACAAGCACCAAAACAGGGACCAGUCAGAGAGAGACAAUAUAGCUGAACCCAGACAUAACCGCUCAAGUUACGACGCCAUCCCCGGGUGAUGGGGGCAUGGAAGGAAGUCCACAGUGAUAUUGUCAUAGUCAUUCCUGACCCAUCAAGUCAAUCAUCCAUUCAGCAGGAAAACCUCUCACUCAUUGGGGAAAACCCCUCUUUCAUCAGGGAAUCCCUAUCUGUAAGGGAAAUCUUCAUCAAAAGAACCUACCACUGAGAUUGGUGCACAUUACUCUAUUUAGAUAGUGCUUUGUCUUUCAUUCCUCUUUUUGACCUUUAAUCUCUUGGAAUUCGAAGAAUAUUUGGAUAUUGGAUAUGUUGGAACAAUUGUGUGUUGAAAAACAUUUAAAUUUUUAAGUAAUAAUGAGACAUAUUUUUAAAAUUUAUUUUUGAUGUUUGGGAAAUGUACAUGAAAUGACAAAAAUUCAAUGUUUUUAUUGUCUAAAAUCAAGAAUUUUGUUGUUAUAUUUAGAAAUUUAUGAGAUUGAUUGUGAUGCAAUGCAUUACAAAAUCUAGUUGUACAGGUACGUUUUAUUUUGUUGCUUAUUUGAUUUUGUUUUCAAUGAAAUAUAUAAUGUAAAAUUGAGUAUUUAUUAAAGGUAUGUAUGCUACUAUAUGUAAUUUUGUAUGCUGGACUGUAAUAGUGCCGAAGAAAAGUGCUGAAUAUGAAUAUUAAAAAGUCACGAUGAAA